AUGCCGUGGGUGGAGAAGGCACUUGCAGUUGAUGGUGUCCAGGGCGGCAUGGCGGCGGUCGGGUUGGGGCCGGAGCAGCUGACAACGUAUCUUGUCAAGGGUGUUUUGGUCGGGUGCGAGAACAGCCCUGAAAGCACGCCGCUCACGGGAGACAAGGACAAGCUCGACGGUGUCUUGCGCCGAGUCAAGGAGGCGUACCCGGAUGUUCUUGUCCGCGAGCUGAAGGUUGAUCGCGCAUAUCAUUGUCAUCACAUGCGCAUCGCCGCACCGCACUACCUGUCUUACCUCGAGGCCCGAGGAGGCAUCAUGCCGCAAGAGCCCUCAGUCCCCUUCAGAGAGCUUAAACCGUUCCUCCUCUGGGCCGCUCUCCCAGCCCAGCGGCCGAAUCUGAAAGUCCUCGAUCCGGGGCAUGACGAAUUAGGCCGUGUAGAUUGGGCACUUGUGCACGGCCGCGUUGGUGUAAUGUUAUACUGA